GGCAUGCAAGAACAGCCUGCCAAGCCUGCCCAAGACCCACCUUCAGCGGGAGGAAAUCGCACGGAUCACUAAAGUAAGGCUCACCAGCGAUACAGACACCACUAUGGCGCUGGCCACAGUGAAAGCAGUCUCACAGCACUUGCUCGCUCAAGGUGAGGAAGCCUGGAUCCACACUUUGCUGCGUGGCAGUCGCAUCUACAUUGAGAAGCCGAAGCCGAAGCCGCGCAACCCGGAGCUCGAGGCACGGCUGGCCAAAAUCAGCCGAAUGCUGGAAGAGCAGGAGUACAAGAAGAUGACCGACAAUGUUCAGUUGAAGAUGCACGAGAAGCCUGGUGGUAAUAAUACAACAGAUCUGGAUACAGUGGUCCCCGGCGUGCGCAUUGGUGUGUCGGCAGGGCCGAUAUCAGCGCAGCAGGAGAUGAAGGAGGUUAACAGGCAGAUUUCUGUUAUUGCGAAUAUCCUGUUCAGUGCGCUGGGCGUCGGGUUUGCAGUGUUCUAUGCUUCGUACACGCUGACGUCGGAGCUGGGCUUCCGGAUCCUGCUGGGGUUGGCUUCUGCGAUUAUUAUUGCUGCUGCUGAGGCCUGGCUGUUUGCGUUUUCGGGAUCUCGUGGCCAGAAGAAACGGCUGACGAUAAGCACGGCAUCCAAGGGGCCAAGGCCCAGGAGACUAGUAGCCCCAGUGACGCCUGCCCGCAAGAAAACGCAAUAAGCAAACUUUUGUAGGGAUGUUAACAAACGC